AUGUCAGGGCGACGGUACGUGCGGCCAAACAAAUUACAGGGAAAUUGCGUCACCUGCAGGAAUUUCCACUCGGCAUUGUCAAAUGCCAUCAGAAAUCGUUGGACAUGUUGUAACAUUAAUUUGACAUUUUACGGCCCAGGACAGGGAUCGUUGGCAAUGAGACCGCAGAGCAGCGCAGGACAACGAUUAACCCCCCAGCAGACAGCUGUCGAGCGGACCAAGGAUGCUGGAGCCACCAGGAGAUCUUGCAGUGGCAUCUCGGGCACUCGGAAAAACAUGGGGUACUUUAAAACUCAGUCUAUGAAGGUAACACACUUCUGA